GCUGCUUUUCUUCUUCUUCUUCUUCUCCCACGUCCAUUGCCUUCAAAGGAACUUCUUCUUCCACUUUCAGUGCCUUCAAAGGAACUGCCCAGAAUCAGACUUUGCUGACACACUUCUUCCUUUCACCCAAGGAAAAAAAAAAAAAAGAAAAAGAAAAAGAAAAAGGAGCAAGAGGAGAAAUAAAUCUCCAUUUUGGUGAAAAAGGUCGGAAGUCAUGGAAGACGGCGGUGGAGAUUGUCUUAACAUGUUCUGUCUCGAAAAAAUCUGGCAAAACUACGUCUCGUUCGCCAAAGAGUACAGCCUAUAUGGCAUUAUUGGUGCUCUUCUUCUUGCCGUCAUUAGCCCUUUAAUUUUUUCCUCAAUAAAUGCACACAAGACGAAGAACAGAAAAAGAGCAGUUCCCGUCGACGCGGGUGGCGAACCGGGUCUAACGAUGCGAAACAGUAGGUUCUCAUCUUUGAUUCAAUUCCCGUGGGACGGGGCCACGACAGUGGCGGCUCUCUUUGAGCAGGUUUGUGAAAAGCACUCGAAGGAUCGAUCACUCGGAAUGCGGAAGCUAAUCUCAAGAGAAGUAGUAGAAUCCGGCAACGGAAGGAAAUUUGAGAAGCUGCAUCUUGGGGAAUACGUGUGGCAAACUUACGGAUUGACCUUUGAACGGGCUUGUAGCUUCGCUUCUGGGCUCAUCAAAAUGGGCCAUGAAAGAGAUUCUCAUGUUGCUAUUUUCUCCGAUACGCGAGCUGAAUGGUUCAUUGCCGCUCAGGGAUGUUUCCGUCAGAAUAUAACAGUUGUGACAAUCUACGCAUCUCUUGGUGAGGAUGCUCUCGUGCAUUCGCUCAAUGAGACGCAGGUAUCAACCCUUAUUUGUGAUUUCAAGCAACUGAAAAAGCUACCUGCAAUAAGCUCGAGACUGCCGAGUAUAAAGCGUGUCAUUUACUUCGAAGAUGAAGCAGUUGAUGCUGCUGAUGGUGGUAUAGUUGAUCACCUGAAGCAUUGGACGACUUUGUCCUUUGCAGAAGUUGAGAGUCUUGGGAGAACAAACCCUGCCGAUCCAACACUACCUUCGAGCACAGAUGUCGCUGUUGUAAUGUAUACAAGCGGAAGCACGGGUUACCCAAAGGGAGUCAUGAUUACUCAUGGAAAUAUAGUAGCCACUGCUGCAGCUGUUCGGACUAUUAUUCCCGAUUUAGGCCCCAGUGAUGUGUACAUGGCAUACCUCCCCUUAGCUCAUGUUUUUGAGCUCGCAGCCGAGGUCGUGAUGUUUUCUGCAGGUUGUGCGAUAGGUUAUAGUUCGGCGUUGACGAUGACAGAUACUUCUAAUAAGAUCAAGAGAGGGACUAAAGGAGAUGCUUCCGUCUUAAAACCUACUCUCAUGAUCACCGUUCCUGCGAUUCUGGAUCGUAUUAGAGACGGGGUGCUGAAGAAGGUUGAGGAGAAGGGUGGAGUUGCUAAGAAACUUUUUAAUGUUGGAUAUAAACGAAGGCUCAUGGCGAUUGACGGGAAAUGGCUCGGGGCGUGGGGACUCGAAAGGCUUCUGUGGGAUAACUUUGUAUUCAAACCAAUACGCUCUAUAGUCGGAGGACGAAUACGUUUAAUGCUUUCUGGAGGUGCCCCUUUGUACGCCGAUACUCAACGAUUCAUCAAUAUAUGCCUGGGUGUUCCGAUUGGUCAAGGGUAUGGGUUAACUGAGACGUGCGCGGGAGCAGCUUUUUCCGAAUUUGACGACCCUAGUGUGGGUCGUGUCGGUCCGCCUCUCCCUUGUUGCUACAUUAAGCUCGUGUCGUGGGAAGAAGGCGGGUACACGAUCUCUGACUCCCCAAUGCCUCGUGGAGAGGUGGUAGUCGGCGGUCAUUCCAUAACGAAAGGAUACUACAACAACGACGAGAAGACGAACGAGGUUUAUAAAGUGGAUGAGAGGGGAAUGCGGUGGUUCUACACCGGUGAUGUCGGGCAGUUUCACCCUGACGGUUGCCUCGAAAUCAUCGAUAGAAAGAAGGAUAUCGUAAAACUUCAACAUGGAGAGUAUAUAUCCCUCGGAAAGAUUGAGGCAGCUCUAGGGACGAGCAAUUAUGUCGAGAACAUAAUGGUCUACGCCGACCCAUUCCACAAUUAUUGUGUUGCCUUGGCCGUUCCGUCCCGUCAGAUACUGGAAAAGUGGGCGCGAGACGCAGGGAUAGAAUACAGUAAGUUUGAAGAGCUGUGCCAAAGUGAUAGAGCCAUCCAAGAAGUCCACCAAUCUCUUGUAAAGGCGGCGAAAACCGCGGGGCUCGACAAGUUUGAAACCCCGGAGAAGAUGGCGCUGCUGCCCGAUCCGUGGACGCCGGAGACGGGACUCGUCACGGCGGCUCUCAAGCUGAAGAGGGAGCAGCUGAAGGCCAAAUUCAAAGAUGAACUCCACAAGCUCUAUCACUGAAUCUCAAAUUUGUGUCUCCUCCCACAUAUUAUUGUGAUACAUAUAUAUUAUUAUGAUAUGUAUAAUUACAUGAGUUUGAUGUGAAAUUAAGCAUUGGCUUUUCAGAACUGGAGGUGACAAAUUUGAUGCAUCUUAGAUGCUGCUUUUUGUUCAGUGUAGUUCAAUAAAUGCCUGCAGAAGGUGAAAUUACGGAUUUACCCUUGUAAAGUUUACAUUGUAUUUUUGUAAUUAUGUGCAUAUAAACUGGUUGGGGUUGAGCAUCGAUCGGUU